AUGGGCCUUCCCAAAGAAGCCACAGUUGAUGCAGCGGGCAACUUUGUGGCCAUGUUGCCCUUUUUUCGACCUCAUUUUGACAAUCCAUGGUAUGUCCGCAAGGCCAUGACCCGAGGAGGCAACACGUACUAUGCCGAUCCUGUGGAACGACCCAAAGAUUACAACAUUACGGGCAACUUCUCCAAUUGGAGUGGCUUUACCGUAGGAACUCAGUUGGGCGGGACAACUUGCAAUAAUGCCAAUGCCAAACUGGUAUUGCAUCUCCCCAUCAAUGUGACUGCCUCGGGCAAAACUCCCUUUGAGCAGGCAUUGGUCUUUAGCCCCUUUCAGGACCAACCCAAACAGUUGGCUGUCAUCUUUUCUACUCACCGGUAUCAGAAACUGAUGGCGCAGAUUGCACAGCAGCCGGCAGAUAGGCAAUUAUUGAUGCCUUUUGUGAAACUAUAA